AUGCUGGUUUUUCAGAGAGGAACAAACGUUCUGGUUCAUGGUGCCUCCGGCGGUGUGGGUCUGGCAGCUGUGCAGAUGGCAGCUCAUUCGGGAGCUAUUGUUGUUGGAACAGCUGGCACAGCAGAAGGGCUCGAAAUUGUGAGGAAGAACGGAGCUACUGAAGUCUUCAACCACAGAGCUUCUGGUUACGCAGUUGAAAUAAAGGAGAAGUUUCCAAAUGGUCUUGACCUCAUAUUAGAGAUGGCAGCUCAUCAGAAUCUGCGAACUGAUCUUGAUUUGCUGGCACGAAAUGGCAAAGUUGCAGUCAUAGGCAGUCGCGGUGAAAUUAUGAUUGACCCGAGGGCUCUUAUGACGAAGGAGUCCAGUGUUUUCGGUGUGACGCUAGCAAAUUCCACUGAUGCAGAUUUAAUGACGUCGUCGGCCUUCAUCUCGGAAUUUCUUGCUUCUUCCAAAUACCGUCCUGUAAUUAACCGAACAUACCCGUUGAGCGAGAUUGAAAAGGCGCACAGGGACGUUAUGGCGGGAGCCGGUGCUAGAGGAAAAUUGAUUCUGUCUAUCGAUGAUCAAUGA